AAAAAAGUAUGGAAAUGAGAGGGGCGGACAAUCCACCUUCUAACUCAACACCAGUUGUGGCGGGUAUGCAAAUUCUAAACCGAUAGAAUGCAGCAUCCCGUUGUGGUGGCCACCAAAUUCCACUGCACAAAAUCUGUCGUCGACAGCACCGCCGUCCGCAAGCAGAGCGCCACCUUCUCCCGCAGCCGCGGCGAACACUUCAAAUCCUCAUUCCAAUUAGCUUGCAACUAUCGCAACCCAGAUAAUAAUUUGGUCUCUCCAACCACUUCCCUCAUUUCUACAAGAUGGAAUUACAGAAAAUGCAUCAGUGUUUCUUGGAGAUGGGUUUCUCAGAUCAUCUCUUUUUAUUUGUUGUUUCUCAAUGUUGUUGCUGAUGCUGAGGCAUUUGAUGAUCCAUCUCCUUCUUUUAUGUAUGAUUGUGAAGAUGUUAGCAAUUAUUAUGACAGUGCGGAGAAUUUAGAGGGCAAAUCGCUCAAGAAAAAAUUGAAUUCCAUUAUUUCCGGGCACCAAUCUUUAUCCUACAGAGAGGUGUGGAAAGCUCUCAAGAUUCUUGAUGCUUCGGAUGUUGACAACCCAGAAGCUUCGUCAGGAAUGUAUAUGCUGAAUACUGCUUCCUGCAUUGUUUUUUGUACUAUCAAAUAUACCCUGCAACUCUUACCAAUUCGCCUACCGACUCUUUUAUGCAGAGUUGAAGUUUACUCCUUGAGGGUUGUACCCAAGUCUUUAGCUGGGAAGCCCGAAGGAUGGAAUAGGGAGCAUCUAUGGCCUCGUUCUUAUGGGUUAAAAGAUGGUGCGUCUUUGACAGAUAUACACAACAUUCGCCCAGCAGAUGUGAAUGUCAAUGCAUCCAGGGGGAACAAAUACUAUGGAGAAUGCACGGGUAACUCAGCUAAAUGUUUGAAGCCAGCAAACAAAGAAGCCGCUUUGGACACGGAAACUGACAAGGACAGAUGGGCACCACCUAAACAGCAUAGAGGAGAUGUUGCUAGGGCACUGAUGUACAUGGCAGUGUGUUAUGGGUUUCAUCAACCAGGUGGAGGCCCAGCUCUUCGCCUUUCAGAUUCUCCAAAAAUUUCAACCGGUGAGAUGGGACUGCUUUCUACAUUGUUAAAGUGGAACGAUAGUGAUCCACCUUCAAGAGAAGAGAAGUUAAGAAAUGAAAGAGUAUGCAAGUUUUAUCAACACAAUAGAAAUCCUUUUGUUGAUCAUCCAGAAUAUGCCCGUCUCAUAUGGAGAAAACAUUUUAUCCAUCGUCUUCCAAGGAGUCAUGAAAUUCACAACAAAAAGGCAGUUCGGAACAAGGAUAAAUUCCACAACUAUGCGUCCCUAAAAGGCAUUUAACAUUCCAAUUUCCUCUACAAAGUCGUAUCUUCUUCAUUGAAAACGAUAAAAAGGAGAGAAGUAGUUUUCUAGUGCAAUUAUUCCCUAAUGAGUUGACGUCUAAAGUUGUUAUUUUGGUGCUCCAAGAAACAUGAGCAAACAAAUCCUCAGUUGACAGGGUUCAAGCCUUCAAGGAACGACAUGGCAGAAUCGUUAUGAAGGGAUGAAAACAUUUUCCAAGUUCAUAAAACCUUGAUUUAGUGGCGGGAGGUAGCCAUGAAGGUUUUUUGCACGCCAUGACAUGGCAACACGCCUAUCAUACUAUCAUUUCACUGGAAGUUUGAGUUAAAAUCCGUUCGUAUUGUUAAGGCCGUCUUACAAUUGUCAUUACAUUUUUAUGUAUUUGUUUUGCAGAUUGAUAUUAAUUCUUUUGCACUUGACAUCUGUGUAUCUAUAAAAAUGUGAAUACAAAUUUUCGUGUAAA